AUGCCUGCACAGCAGCAACAUCAACAGCAACAAUACGACAGUGGACAGCAACAGCAACAAAAUCAUGAUCAAGAUGGAAAUAAUCAACCAUCGCAAGGCCCAUUGGACGCAAUUACUUUAGGACAAUUGAGAAAUUUGAUCAAUGUUCAAAGACCAAAAGCACGCCAUUACUCCUACCCAACAGACGCAGAUUCAGAUUCGUUGCCCAUGGAAAUCGAUGAAUUUUACAGUUAUGUAGAAGCUCCACAGGUGACCGAGAAUCGUGAAGCAUGGGAGGAAUGGUGCGAGCUACUGUCAAAGGGAGAAGGCGGGAUCUCUUCUAAUCACUCAGCAGAAGCUUCAGAAAAGCCUUCAGAGACAUUUGGCGGCGCUUUAGGACUCGGUCUGGGCGAUGGAUCGCAGGGAGAUGAGCCCAAGGAUGCACCAAACCGAGAUCGAUCAGAGUCAGAAUGGACAUCCUUGCCCACCUCUAGCAGAAGGAAGCGCAUUCAAUCACUGCUUUCACUAUUGGAGGUGAAAGAUCCAGUCGCAAGACAGAGAGCUUCUAGAGCCCUUUUGUAUCUGCUACAAGGGAGCUUUGGUGAUACACAGGGUCCCGAACAUCAGUUGAGCUGGAUUUUGGAAAAUGCCCGAAUGGUGCGAGCGUCUGGAGGUCUAGGCGAAAUUUACAGCGCUUUCAAGAUUGCUAGCUGGAAGCAUGAUUGGCUCAGCUCUUUACCGGAUCAUAUCCCUUCCAGUGAAGCAGCCAAAGAAGGCGAGCCUGUCCCAGAACCCUUGCUUACUUGGCAAACCAAGUUGGAAUAUCUUGACGAAAUCAAUCUCGAAUUGGCUUUGCAUUUUGCACAACUGUACAUUCUAGUGGAAACACAACGAGGUGAAGAAGAAUGGGGAGACGAACUGAUGAGUCUGGAUCCACCAUUGCCGAUUUAUCUCUUUGGCUUGGUUGCAGCUUUACGGGAGAAGAACGCAAAAGGAUACCCCGUCAAGAAAUUGUUGCUGCUUCUAUGGAAGACUAUUUUGGCCACGUUUGGGGGACUGAAGCAGGCAUCUCGAUGCAAAGAACUUGCCAGAGAGCUAGAAGGCUUGCCGCCCAAACCACCACAGAAAACCGUUGGUCGACAGAAAGGUGUAGUGACAAAAGCCACUCCUCUCGAUUUGCAAACAUUCCAGGAUGAAGUUGCGGUCAAGUAUCCGACAUACUCCUCCGCUACACGAAAGCCUGGAGACUUGCCGUAUGACAAAAUUGCUUCGGCCGUUGCACCCAUUCCACCUCGUAAAACAAUGGCUUCGACAGGUGAUGUCAAUGGUGCGAAUGGAGCGGCAGGCUUCCCCGGUACGCCGGCCCCUUCACCUCCUCCAUCGCCCAAGCCUAAUAAGCAAAAGUAUCAAACAGACCAAAGUCGACCAUUUGUCUUUCCGUAUAGCAAAUCAGUUCAAGGUCCUCGUAUGGUGCCUUACUCCAUCGAAGAAGCAAGUAAGCUAUACAGAGAGAAUAUGUAUGUGAGCCUGGAAUUAUGGCAACUGUGGCGUUUGCGAGAAGAAUGCAUACACGAGGAAUCGGGCGUUGCAAGUGCUGCUGAUGGAUCUAGGAUGGGCUUUGGAUCAUGGGAGAAAGAAAUGCGACGGAUCGAGACGAGCAUACACGAAGGUGCCUCAUCUCAAGGAAGCAGAAGUCCAACAUUUACGGAUGGAGCAAGUUUCACUGCCGGACAAGGACCUGGUGGUAUGGGCGGUCAGCCAAACCAAAACUCCUUCAGAUCCCGCGGAGAGCCAACGUUGGACAGAUUAGAAGCAUUGGAGAGAGAACUUGAUGCAGAAUUAAGCCGUGUCGAAAGCGAUCACAUGUUGGCAGUUUUGGACAAUUCCCGUUAUAUAAAUACCAUCUCAUCUUUGCGUCAGAAACGUGCUGAUGCACGUCGAUUGCAAAGGGUUGAUAUUCUUUAUCGAGCUGUUUUGCCGCAUCUUCAGAGCAGUGUAAUUGUUCUGCUCAAACUACUAUUGGCCACCGUCACGCAGCAGAAUAGCACAAAUAGCCCUUACUUCCAAGCAUUGGCAGAUGGAAUUGCUAUCGAAGACGCACCUCCUCCGACUUUGGAAGAUAUCGAUAUCGUUCGUCAUCGAGAGAUCACCUCGAAGGCUAUCAGUGGUAUCCUAUUGUUGCUUUUGAAAUGGUUCAAGGUAAGCCAUAUCAUGAAAUUCAACUUCUUGUCGCAAUUGUUGGUUGAUAGCAACUGCUUAUUGUUGAUCUUGAAGAUGUUUGGCUUGACAGAGAUCAACAAUCAGGUCAAAGUUGUCAACGAGAUUCCAAAUUUCAACUUUUUCCGAUUCUGCGAAUUAAAUUGCGGUCAGGAGCCUAGGAAGCCAAAGCCAGAGGAUACAGUGAUGGCCAAGCAGCCUUUCGAAGGUCUACCCAGUCCGCCGAUGGGAUUGACGCAUCUAAACUCCACUAUCGAAGACGUUGAAUUCAUGGAUCGUUACUCGUUCAGAAACUUCUUUGCAGGAUUGAACUUUACUCGUAUCCUGCAAAAGCUGACGAAACGCAAAAUCCACAGAAUCCUACUAUUGGUUCAAUACAAGAGUAGUGCGAUCCUUAAACGUACACUCAAAGUACCACAUCCUGACCUACAGCUGUAUGCACUCAAGGUGAUCAAAAAUCAAGUGCCUUUCUGUGGACGUAAAUGGAGACAAGCAAACAUGAAAGUCAUCACGGCAAUCUACUUGAAUUGUAGGCCAGACUUGCGUGAUGAAUGGCUGAGCGGCGCAGAUAUCGAUGGUGAUGUGGAAGAGAGUUUACCGCAAGAGCAAGCUUUGAGAGGUUUGGUGAAAUAUUAUAAUCAAUCACGCAUUGGCUCGCCGUCCAGUCAUGCAAACGGCUUGACUGGCCAACAAGGAAGCCAAUCAGGGCAUGGUCAUAAACGAUCCAUCAGUACAGGUAUCAAUGCAGGUCAAUUGCCAGACGGUCUGGCCGGUGACGCUCAGUCAAAUGCAGCCUUUUUCAAUGCUGCAGGAGCGGGUGGUAAUGUGAACGCAGGUCAUACUCAACCGACGAUGCCUGCUUCACCUUCUGCACUCAACCGACCCAAUUUGAACUUCUUUGAGAGUGAGACUUUACCGCCUUUGCGUAGAGGAGCAGAAACAACGGCUGGCACUCGUCGUUACAUUCCUGAUGAUCUUUUGGACGGAUACCUAGAUGAUUAUGAGGACAUUCUUGGUGAAGUGUUUGGAGAAGGAGAUUCAUCCAUCGUUGGCAAUACGGCAAAUAGUAUGGGAGGUCAAGAUGAAGAUGGACAAUGGCACGGAUUGAGUAAUGAAGGCAGUCAAGCAGCAUGGGCACGAUUGAAUGAAAUCUUGGGAGACAAUGAAUCCAUUCCUGAUUCUGAAAGUGUUCAUUCUUUAGGCUCUUACGGUGAAGGAGCAGAAGGCGGACGUGAAGGUAUAGAAGGCGAAAGAAUGAAAUCUCCCGAGAUGGCUAUUCGAAGAAGAGAAUUGGAAGAAGAUGAAUUGGAAAAUGGUGCGCAAACAUGGGAAUCUUUAAGUCCGAUUGCGAUCAACACUCUAUCAUCUUCUAGACCUUCUACGCCAGGCUCACCACAUCAUAGUAGGAGGAGAUCGAGUAAUGAUGGUAGUCCGGGAAUGUUGCUGGACAGUACAGACCUGUCCAAUUCAGGUCUGGGCCUUCGAAAAGGAUCCGACUCUAGCCCUUUGAGGCCGGUCAUGAGCUUUGGACCAGAGAUCCUGAACGAUGAUGCAGAGCAAGGCAGCGAUCCAAUCCUCGCUGGUGUGGCAAUUGACGAUGAAGAGGAAGAAGAAGAUUUGAUUGGUACAAAUCAAAGACCUGAGCCAAAAGCAGGAGGCAUUGAUGAAGUGGAACAUGUAUGGAAUGUAUGA